CAUCGGCGCCGCCCCCGCCCCCGCCCCCGCCGGCGAACUCGCCCUCUCUCCCACCGCCGCCGCGCUCCACCCUCUCCCUGCCUCCCUCACUUCACCUUCUCUCCCUACACCAGGCCGGGCCGCAGAUCGAGCUUCUCUCCCCACCCUAGGUCGGGGCGCCGCAGAUCGAGCGGGUCAGGCCCGAUCCUCCACGGUCGCGGCGGCGCUUCCCCGAUCCGUGCCGUUGACAAGGGAUUCGAGCAGGGCAGCGCAGGGAGGGGAGCCUCUGUGUGCCGCCGCCCCCCUGCUUCCCUCCUCUCCUCUCUGUGCCGCCGGGAGAGGAGCUCGUCAAGCCAAGGUGCGCAAGAGACCGCCGUGUGGUGCUGCGCGCGUGGUUCUUCUUCCACUCCGGCGCCUCCUGCCCUGCCCCUCCGGUGGCCGCUUCGUCUUCUUAUACUCCGGCACAGGUGAAAUUGAGGAGCACAGCAUAACACAAGAAAAUUGAACCUCUCCUUCCUAUGGGGGAUUGUUUUGAUUUCAACUAUGGCUUUCGUGAAAUGCAGAACCUGACUGGAAAAAAAGCCUAACUUAGAUUGACACAAUGAUAUUGAGGAGUACAGCAGUAACACGGGCAAAUUCAGCCUUUCUUCGUAUGGAGGAUCGUGUUGAUUUCAAGUAUGAUGGUGUCAACAACGAGAGCAAAGAGCAUAAGGGAGGGCAUGGCAUCCCAAAGGUUUCCAUGGUCCCACUUGUGUUCCUCAUAUUCUAUGAAGUCUCGGGGGGUCCCUUUGGAAUUGAGGAUAGUGUCAAGGCUGCUGGACCACUCCUGGCAAUUGUGGGGUUUCUUCUGUUUGCGCUCAUAUGGAGUAUUCCAGAAGCCCUAAUCACUGCUGAGAUGGGUACUAUGUUUCCUGAGAAUGGUGGCUAUGUCGUCUGGGUCUCUUCAGCUCUUGGGCCCUUUUGGGGUUUUCAGCAAGGAUGGGCGAAGUGGCUCAGUGGUGUCAUAGAUAAUGCUCUCUAUCCAGUCCUUUUUCUUGACUAUGUCAAGUCCAGUGUUCCAGCUCUCGGGGGUGGGCUUCCAAGGACUUUUGCGGUGCUUAUCCUCACAGUUGCCCUUACUUACAUGAACUACAGAGGAUUAACGAUAGUUGGCUGGGUGGCAGUCUUUCUUGGGGUGUUCUCUCUGCUCCCUUUCUUUGUAAUGGGAUUGAUAGCAAUUCCACAGAUUGAACCUUCAAGAUGGUUUGAAAUGGAUCUGGACAAUGUGAAUUGGGGCCUGUAUCUAAACACUCUGUUUUGGAACCUCAACUACUGGGAUUCAAUCAGUACAUUGGCUGGAGAGGUUGAGAAUCCGAAGAGAACCCUCCCCAGGGCACUUUCUUAUGCUCUUGUUUUAGUAGUCGGGGGAUACCUCUACCCUCUGAUCACCUGUACAGCAGCAGUUCCGGUUGUUCGGGAGUCGUGGACAGAUGGAUAUUUUUCAGACAUUGCAAAAAUUCUUGGUGGUUUCUGGUUGCACUCGUGGAUUCAAGCGGCGGCCGCAUUGUCAAACAUGGGCAACUUUGUUACUGAAAUGAGCAGUGAUUCUUACCAGCUUCUCGGGAUGGCUGAGCGUGGCAUGCUCCCUGAGUUCUUCGCCAAGAGAUCACGCUACGGGACCCCACUGAUCGGCAUCCUAUUCUCGGCGUUCGGCGUGGUCCUGCUGUCCUGGAUGAGCUUCCAGGAGAUCAUUGCCGCGGAGAACUACCUCUACUGCUUCGGGAUGAUAUUGGAGUUCAUCGCCUUCAUCAAGCUGAGGAUGACCCACCCUAGCACCUCCCGGCCUUUCCGGAUCCCGCUGGGCACUGUUGGCUCCGUCCUGAUGAUCAUCCCUCCGACUAUCCUGAUCGUCGUGGUGAUGGUGCUGGCUUCCUUCAAGGUGAUGGCUGUGAGCAUCCUGGCGGUGCUCGUCGGGUUUGCGCUGCAACCGGCCCUGGUGUACAUGGAGAAGAAGCGGUGGCUGAGGUUCUCCGUCAGUGAGGACCUGCCCGAUCUGCUGGACCCCUUGUCUGGCGCCGUCGAAGAUGACACGACCCCCCUUGUGGUCUGAUUUAGGAUGCGAAGUGUAAUAAAAGGAUAGGAACAUGGUGCCCUGUAUAAUGCCAUGUGGCAUCAUAUAUGAUGUUGUAUACCAACGUGUUGUCAUGAAAAGAAAUAGAAGAGCAUGCUGAGCACAUUUAGAAACAUCGAAGGAGCACCUCAGACUCUAUUUGGCCUAAUCUCACCUGUGACAUGUCGACAUCAUUAUACAUGGUAGACUCGGAUUAACUAA